UGUUUGGGAUACUUCCUGAAUAAACAAAAACAGGGGAGCACAGCUGAGUAGGUUUUGGCCCAGAGCUGAACUGUAGAAGAAGCUGUUAAAAGAUACCUCAGUGGGAUUCCACCAUCCUUCACUGUCUGCGUGUGUCCGAGACACAACGUCUGGAUGUAAUCUGCUGUGUGAGGAAGGAGGGGGCAUUUAAGAUAGGAAGAGAGAAAGUGAAACUGUUUGCAGAUUUAAAAGUUCUUGGGAGGAGUCACACAGGCAACAAAAACUUCACUGAGAAAGAAUGGAAAAAGGAUAUGAGAUUCUCUCAAAUAACACGUAUACAAAUACUGUCAGUGUUAAUAUCACAGAUGAGUCAGAGUGCUUCAUUUGCAGAGAUGUGGGCCUGGUGGGUGAGGAUCCACUGAGAACCUUCUGUGACUGUAAGAGCCUUGUGGCUCACCACAGCUGCCUGCUCACCUGGAUCAAAAAGGGUCUGGGACGAGAGGAGAGACUGAGUUGUAGCAUUUGCAAAGCUGAGUAUCAGCUGCAGAGAUGUGUUCCCUGGCGGACCGUGGCCUCUCAGUGGCAGACCUGGCCCAUUCUAGCCAUCGCUGUUCUCCUGCUGGCUCUGGUGCCAUACGUGGUGUAUCGGAUGAUGACUGCUUUUGAAAAUCCCCCUCCACACUCGCUCUUCAAGUCUGCUGCAAUCUGCUUCGGGCUGCUUAGCGAAGCCCUGUUGAUCAAGUGCUUGUGCAGCUACUUCAGCCACCGACUCCAGCGAGCAGAGCAAAGCUCCUUUAGCCUCCAGCCUCGCAGAUCUGAAGAGCAUGAAGUCCAGACCAAUCUGAGGCAGUGCGCCACGGCAGGGGUCAAAGGUUAGGACUCACCGGCAGUGGCGGUAGAGAGGAACCACUUGGUUGUAAGCUCUGAGAGGAGAGGAUCAGGACCACACUGUUAAAUAUGACCAGGGGGAAUAAGACCUGUGGUGCAGGAAGGAAAAAAAAAAACAGUGACUUAUUUAAAUGUCUGGAGAGGUCCUGCUGCAGACACUGGCAUAUUUUCAGCAGAUGAAACCCAGAAGCAGAAGAAUAACAGAAAUGGAUGAUGCCACUGUUUUCCUGGGUUGAAAAUGGAUGGAUGCUUCAUAGCCCUUGAAUUUUUUUUUUUUUUUUUUUAAUAAAAACAGUGUUGAGUUGGUACAAAGUUUAUCAGUUUACUUUACCAAUAUCCCAAAGCACUUUUGCCAUAUAAUAGUUGUAUAUAAUUCAUUGCACAUGUCACUUUUUAAUGGCUGACUUUUUCAAGGGAUUUUCAGAACUUCUGAGCCCAUUUUUCAAUGUCUUUCAGAAACAUAAUCCAUAAAUGUGAUAUACUCAAAAAAUAUAAAAAGUAUAUUUAAGUACUACAUUGCCUGCAUUUCUUUUGGAUUUCUUUUUCAUUUCCACCAUCAGUGUAUAGGUGUAAAAAUAUCUUUGACCUUUCCAGAAACAAACUGAUGAUCCAAUUAGAUCACUUAUAAUAAUUGCCAAUGCAAGAAGUACUCAUGAAAUUUUAUUUUCUGUAUCAUGUUAAAGAAAUGUAUAAAGAUGUAUGAAGAAAAAAAAAAAGCUUGCUUUCUUCUCUCUUGCCUGUUCUUCUUCAUCUUUGCACUGAGAACAAGUGUAACAUUCUCAACCCUUGCAGCGCUGAGUACUGUAGCAAUAUUAUAAUGACAUGACUAAUGAGGAUUGAGACCAUGGUAACAGGUGUUAAGCAUGAUAAUAAAAGGAAAGGUGGAGUGCUGUACUUUAGUUACUGUACUACUCCCACAUGUUAAUAAAAGUGCCGAGAGCUGAGUGCGA